AUGUCCUCUUUAAUUAGCAUUCAAAAUCUCCUCAAAACUCCAAAAGAUUCGACUGGAAUAAACUCACAAAGUUGGAAUCCCAGAUUUUCGCUUUUUUGGGAUGCCGACUUUGCCAGUUUAUUCCGGCCGAAUCCUUUGGAGUUUGGGGGAGACAUUGUGAGCUUUCUAACGAUAUCAAAAUCCGGCGAUUUUGGUGGUCGAAAGUCUCUGGAAAAUUGCCGUGGGGUUGGUCCAUCAAUCGAUAUAGGUCUCCCUAAAGAACAGAUUCAAGAACCAGACAUCACAAAGACAGCAGCCUUAAAGCCCACAAAAAAUCCUCAAACUCGACGAGGUUUCUUCUCUUUCCAACAGUUAAAUGCACUGGCGGUAAUCAUCGUACUCUCUGCAAGUGGAAUGGUAAGCAUUGAGGAUUUUGCUUUUGUAAUCUUCUCAAUAAUCUACAUGUAUUUCAUAUCAAAAACUGCCUUUCCAGCCACAUCACCCCUUGCUGAUCCCCCAGUGUUCGGAGAAACUAACAAAAUCCUUAGUAUUUACGUGUUUUUUGGGGCUGUAAUCGGAUUAUUUGUGCCCAUUGCAUACAUUUUGGAGGGUAUUUUUGAAGGAGAUAAGGAGGGGAUCAAGGCAGCAGCACCUCAUGUGUUUCUUUUAUCUAGUCAAGUUUUCAUGGAAGGGCUGUCCUUUUCAGGUAACUUUUCGUUACCGAUUCGUGUUUUCGUCCCUGUUUUUUACAAUUCGAGGAGGAUUUUCACCAUUGUUGAGUGGUUGAGGAGUGAAAUUUAUAAAGUGGAAGCAGAAUAUGGUGGCAGCAGCAGGAGAUUGUACAUUGGAAGAGCACUGGCCAUUGCAAAUAUGGUUUUUUGGUGUUUCAAUCUGUUUGGAUUCUUGUUGCCUGUCUAUCUGCCAAAAGCUUUCAAGAUAUAUUACUCUUCCAAGAAGAUUAAGGAUUGA